AUGGAUGUGACACAUUCAUUUCUUUCGCUUGAUUGUGAGGAGAAGUCGGGUUUGAAAUUAUCCUCUAUGGAUGGGAGCAUGAUUAUUGAUACCCCGACUCUAGGUCUGAUACUCACUUUGUGGGUUUGUUUAAAUUGUCUGCUUACUAUCUACGGCAAGAGUUUUGGUAUGGAUUUAAUGUGUCUAACUUUGAGGGAUCUCGAUGUUAUCCUUGGAAUGAACUGGUUUGAGUUCAAUCAUGUUCAUAUCAAGUGUUUUUCGAAGACGGUGUCAUUUCCAGAGUUUUAUAAUAGUGAUGAUUUGUUCGUGUCGGCUAAGCAAGUGAAUGAGUUCGUGAAGGAAGAUGUUGCAGUGUUUAUGAUAUUAGCUUUUAUGAAUGAAGAGACUAAAUCUGUGUUGGUCGAGCUACAUGUGGUGAGCCAUAUUCCAAAAGUGUGUCCAGAUGAUAUUAAUGACUUUCCGCCAGAACGUGAGGUGGAGUUUGCUAUAGACCUAAUACCUGGUACUAGUCAAGUGUCGGUGGUUCCUUAUAGGGCGUCUGCUUCAGAUUUGGGUGAAUUGAAGAAGCAACUGGAAGAUCUGCUUGAGAAGAUGUUUGUUCAUCCGAGUGUUUCAUCGUGGGGUGCGUCGGUGUUUCAUCGUGGGGAAGAAGAAGGACAGUAG